UAGGGAAACUGUACUGACCGUAGACCUGGCACCGUUCUGCUCCGUUCGCAAAAAGGAGUUACGCGAAUCGACCAUGCCCAAAGCACCACCCUGGUUCCCGGAAGCUCUCUAACCUCUCCCGAAACCUCUUGGUCGGCCUCCCUGCAGUUGUGUCCCCCAGGAAUCUCUAAUUCCACCCGUGAUUUCGUGUUUGUGUCUGCUGUGACUCCGUGUUGACAACAAUAUGCAGUGGUGGGGGUGAAGUUUUCCCGUUCGUGUCGGAUUUUUUGCGCCCGGACGACCGGACGUCUUAUCAUGUAGUUCGGCAAAGCAGACUCCAGCAAAAGGUGUCAAGGAAAAGUGGUGCGGAAGGUGCGGAAGCAGGUGUGUCCCGUCUUGGUUGGCGAGGCUCCGAAAGCAGAAAUAAGAAGCCGGAAUUUUGCAAGUUGAAACUUUGUCUCGAGCGUCCUGACGCGCUCGCGCGUAAUUACAGGGCGAUUAUUUAAUCAUGCCCAAUUUGUCGAGCGCCAGCAAAGAGCCUUCGUAGAAGCCGGUCAAAUUCCUGAUUACGAGAGCAGUAGUGUCGUGUCGAGAACGCCUAGUGUCCAGUGAAAUGGAGCUCUGAUAUUCCGAUACGCGUGUCGACUCGUUUCCCCGCCCCGAAGUCUUGAUUUCUUCGCCUCGUCGGUUGUCCCGAUUACGAACAGGUUGUGUCUCUAGGUGUGCCUCAGUGUCGCGAGUGUCGGGAAUUUCUCGAUUCUCGGGGCCCUCGAAAGCCCCAGGAAGGGUGGAAUUGGGAAAGCCGGAAGAGAGGAAGGGCCGGGAGAAAAAAAGAAGGGCCGGAAGGGAGGGCAGGGUAGCAAGAUGGCGGGGUCCUUAACGUGGUCGUGUACUUGUUGCCUGCGGUUCAAGUUCAGCCCCGAGGAGAUCGAGCAGCGAUACAAGAGUCAGGAGAUAGACCGCAUGCUGGAAAAAGACCGACAGGCCUUCCGACGCCAGGUCAAGCUGCUGCUCCUCGGAGCCGGGGAAAGCGGCAAGUCCACCUUCCUCAAGCAGAUGCGAAUCAUCCACGGGAUCAAAUUCGAGCCGGAAUUGGUAAAAGAGUACCAGCAUGUUAUCUAUCAGAACAUCAUCAAAGGAAUGAAGGUCUUGGUCGAUGCUCGUGAUAAAUUAAACAUCCCUUGGGAAAAUCCGAAAAAUUACGACAUCGGAUAUCAGUUGCUCAAAUUUGAAAAUACCAUGAUUCUGGAUGCCAGAUUAUUUCUCCACUAUGUACCAUCUUUACAGAGUCUUUGGAAGGAUGGUUCUAUCAGACGAGCGUUUGAUAGGCGGAGAGAAUUCCAACUGAGUGACUCCGUACAGUACUUCCUGGACCAUCUAGAUAGGAUCGCUCGAGUGGACUACGCACCCACUCACCAGGACAUUUUGCACUGUAGAAAAGCAACAAAAGGAAUCUCUGAAUUCGUCAUACCGAUUAACAACAUCCCAUUCCUCUUUGUCGAUGUCGGCGGUCAAAGGUCACAAAGGCAAAAAUGGUAUCAGUGUUUCGACUGCGUCACAUCGAUACUCUUUCUUGUCUCUUCGUCAGAAUUUGAUCAAGUUUUAUUAGAAGACAGGCGGACCAACAGACUCGAGGAAUCGAGGAAUAUAUUUGACACAAUUGUGAACAACAUGAUUUUCGGAAAUGUGUCAAUCAUCCUCUUUCUGAACAAGACCGAUCUGCUCGACAAAAAAGUCAGAUCGCCAGACACCGACGUUCUCUGGUACUUUCCGCAAUUCAAGGGCGACUCACACUCGAUGAAGGACGUGCAAAAUUUCAUCCUCGACAUGUUUGUCUCGGUGAAGAGGGAUCCCAGGAAGCCGCUCUUCCACCAUUUCACGACCGCCGUCGACACCGAAAACAUCAAAGUCGUCUUCAACGCCGUCAAAGACACAAUUCUCCAUCGUAAUUUGCAAUCCCUGAUGCUCCAGUAAAACGAGCCAACAAAAUAAAGAGAAAAAAAAAAAGGGGGUGAAAAAGGAAAAAAAAGGCGCCAAACCCAAAGGUAAAACGGUAAAAUGGUUAGAUAAAUGAAAAAAGGGGGGAAGAAAAAGAGCAGCACAGAGUAGGAAAGGCAUUUUUGUAAUUUUCUACGAAUACUACUGCAUUACUGCAAUACUGAUUAGUUGCUAAAGUUCAUAAGACAAUAUUAUACAUAUAUUUAUCGAUUUUAUAGAUUACGGUACUAAUUACCUCUUCGGACAAUGCAUUUUCGUAAUUUUUCCGAAAUUUGUGAGGUAGAUACUGCCUGGAGAAUGUGUAGACUGGAAACUUUUGAUUUUUUUUCUUUUUUUUUUUCUAUACUCGUGAAUUAUUCUUGCAUUCUUUUCUUUUUUUUUUUUGAUACGCAUAUUGAUUGGUGAAGAAUUAUGAGAGAUUUAUUAGAGGAAUAGGGCAAAUUCCCAACGUUCUUUAAUCGCCAUUAACUUAAUUUAAAUUAAAUACAAAAAAAAUAUAUAUAUAUAAAUAAAUCACCGAAUUUGAUUAUAAUUAAAAGCAGUAUUUGAAUAAAUAAAGCUUUUGUUUAGGAAAGUUUAUUCUCACAAGAUUGCUUAUUAUAUCGGAAAUUUCGAUUCUUCAGAUUUUCUCUUUACUGUUUUCAAAAUUUUGACGAAAAAUAAGUAUUUUACGAAGCAUUAACAUUUUUUUUUCUCGGGGUUUUAAAAAAAAUUUAAAUUUGAAGUAGUUCAAUAUUGAGCAGUAAUUUUGAAUUUGUUAAAUUAGGUCUCUUUCCGCAUAUAUCGUCUCGAAACUAGAAAUUUAAGUCGUUGGAGAAUUGGCCAUAUUUUGCGAGAUGUGUAAAUAAUAACCUGUAUUUUAUUCUA